CAUCAGUCGCUACACCAUUAUAUCUACACUUCAUCUCUGAGCUUCGGCCGCUCUCUACAACCUCAAGCCUUCACCAAUGGCGUCGGAGAAGAAGCUCGCGAACCCGAUGAGGGAAAUCAAGGUCCAGAAGCUCGUCCUCAACAUCUCCGUCGGCGAGAGCGGCGAUCGUCUCACCAGGGCCGCCAAGGUCUUGGAGCAACUCAGCGGCCAGUCCCCUGUUUUCUCCAAAGCGAGGUACACUGUGAGGUCCUUCGGAAUCAGGCGUAAUGAGAAGAUUGCUUGCUAUGUGACUGUGAGGGGAGACAAGGCAAUGCAACUGUUGGAGAGUGGACUCAAGGUCAAGGAGUACGAGCUCUUGAGGAAGAACUUCAGUGACACCGGAUGCUUUGGCUUCGGUAUCCAGGAGCAUAUCGAUCUUGGGAUUAAGUAUGAUCCUUCUACUGGUAUCUACGGUAUGGACUUCUAUGUUGUUCUUGAGCGUCCAGGGUACCGUGUUGGCCGUCGUCGCCGAUGCAAGGCCCGCGUUGGAAUUCAGCACAGGGUUACCAAGGAUGAUGCAAUGAAGUGGUUCCAAGUGAAAUACGAGGGAGUCAUCCUUAACAAGUCCCAAGCAAUUGUUUAGACAGAUCCUUAGCCUUGGAGAUUUUUUAUUUUGGUUACAAGCUGUUACUUUCUAUCGUUUUCAGUGUAUCAGAUGCUAUUUCUUUUUCUUUGAGACAUUGCAAGGGUAAUUUUGAUCGUAAGAAUUUGGUGACCUCGCAUGUUUUGACUCGUUUUAUACGAGGAAGUAGAUGUUAUCUAUCAUUGUUUUGUUGUUAGAA